AUGGAUAAAUUAGUGAGAGCUCUGUUUCUUUCUGUAUUUGUAUUUCUAAGCGCUGAAAUCAUUCAAUCCACUUCUUACAAUGGAGAAGUGAAGGUGGUUUGCAAAGAAAGAGAGAGAAAAGCCCUCCUCAAGUUCAAAGAAGGCCUCGUGGAUCCAAUGAAUCGACUCUCUUCUUGGGUGGGCCAUGAUUGCUGCAGUUGGAGUGGAGUGGGCUGCAACAAUAGAACAUGGCAUAUUGUCAAGCUUAACCUCCGAAACCCCCUCUUACAAUUCAGUUCAAUCGAUCAGUCCUAUUAUCGGUUUCCAUACAACUCGUCAUUGUCUGGUAAGAUAAAUCCUUCUUUGCUUGAGUUGAAUCAUUUGAACUACUUGGACCUAAGCUGGAAUGAUUUUGGAUUUAAACCCAUCCCGAAAUUCAUCGGUUCAUUCAAGAAACUUAGAUAUCUUAACCUCUCAAAUGCCUUCUUUGGUGGAAUGAUUCCCCAUCAUCUCGGUAAUCUCUCUAGUCUGGUUUACCUUGAUCUUUACUGGACCAGUGUGGAAGUUGAUAACCUUCAUUGGCUUUCUCAACUUUCUUCCCUGCAACACCUUGAUAUGGGAACAUUGAAUCUCAGUCAGUCACAUGAUUGGUUACAGGUUAUUAAUACGCUCCCUUCUCUCUCCGAGCUACGCCUCUCCAGUUGUGAACUUCCUAACAUGACCAUUUCUCUUCCAUAUGUUAAUUUCACAUCCCUUUCAGUUCUUGAUCUCUCCAACAAUUUUCUUGGCCCAAGAAUUCCAGAUUGGUUGUUCAACCUCAGCAGCCUAGAGUAUCUUAAUCUCAAAUGGAAUCAUUUUCAAGAUCCAAUUCCAAGUGCUCUUGGCAAGCUUUGCAACUUGCGUACUUUAGAUUUCUCAGGAAAUUUAAACAGGGGAGAGAUAACUGGAUUUGUAGAAUGUUUAUCUGGAUGCAUUCAGGAAAGUUUGGAGACACUGAAUUUGGCAUGGAAUGGACUUAGUGGGUAUUUUCCUGAUUGGUUAUUCCAUUAUAAAAAUCUUAAAAAUCUUGAUCUCAGUCACAACAACUUGAAUGGGUCUUUGCCCCAGAGUCUUGGACAACUUUCAGAGCUAAUCAGGCUCAGGAUAUCUUCUAAUUCAUUGGAGGGAAAUGUGUCAGAAGCACACUUUGCCACUCUAACCAAAUUGGAAUCAUUAGAUAUAUCCUUGAAUUCUUUAGUUCUUAAUGUUAGCUCCAAUUGGAUUCCUCCUUUUCACCUCAAACACAUCAGAAUGAGGUCUUGUCGAUUAGGGCCCCUGUUUCCUGCAUGGCUUCGUGAGCAAAGAGACAUUUACCAACUUGACCUGUCCAAUGCUCAAAUUUCAGAUUCCAUACCAAACUGGUUUUGGAACUUGUCUUCUCAAGUCCAAUACUUGAAUCUUUCUCACAACCAAAUCAGUGACGAGAUUCCAAAUUUGUUGCAGUUUGCUCUUUUGGCAAGAAUUGAUUUAAGUUACAACUACUUUAGAGGUUCAUUGCCACACUCAUUUCUUAAUGUAGGUUUUUUGGAUCUCUCAAAAAAUUCAUUUUCUGGACCCAUCGCCGUGAACUUUGGUGAACCACUUCUUUUUUUCUUAUCACUUUCUCAUAACCAUUUAAAUGGUAGCAUUCCCUUGUCUUUAUGUCAAAUUGUGGAUUUGGCUAGCCUUGAUCUCUCAUACAAUAAAUUAACUGGAGAACUUCCUCCGUGUUUGGAAAAUUUGACCAGCCUGUUUGCAAUGGAUUUCACAAAUAAUAAUAUAUAUGGACAUAUUCCUGAAUCUUUUGGUCUUAUGUCUUCCCUAGAAUCAUUGCAUUUGCGUAGAAAUAAUUUUUCAGGUGAGCUCCCUACAUCAUUGAGAAACUGCACCAAUUUGAGAGUUGUCGAUCUUAGUCAUAACAAAUUCUCUGGAAACAUACCAACAUGGAUAGGGGAAAGCCUGUCAGAUGUCUAUAUUCUCAGCCUUAGGUCAAACAUGUUUUCUGGAACUAUUACUCCACAGCUGUGUUGUCUUACUUAUCUUCAAAUCUUGGAUCUUGCAUAUAACAAGCUAUUAGGUGCCAUACCAAAGUGUUUCGGUAAUUUCAGUGCCAUGGUUACAAAGGAGCGUAAAAGUGGAACGAUUGCGGGGUCCAAGUAUCAUGAUGAGAAUGAAGAUUAUUGGGUACAUUAUGAGCAGAACAUAACGGAGGUUGCUGAAGGAUUGAAACUUCAUUAUAAUAAGACUCUUUACCUUGUAACUAUGAUAGAUCUUUCAAGCAAUCAUUUAUCUGGAGAGAUCCCUGAAGAAUUAGCACGUCUAUCCAAGCUGCAAGGUUUGAAUUUGUCCAGGAAUCAUUUGAUUGGAAACAUUCCAAAGAAAAUAGAUGGCUUGCGACAAUUACAGUCUCUUGACUUGUCAUGGAAUCAACUUUCUAGUACUAUUCGGCAGAGCUUGUUAGCGUUAAAUUUCUUAACCAGCCUUGAUCUCUCAUAUAAUAAGUUGUUCGGGCAGAUUCCAUCAGGCAGCCAGCUCCAGACUUUUACUGAUCCUUCGAUUUAUAUUGGCAAUCUUGAUCUUUGUGGGCCUCCGCUUCCAAAAGAGUGUCCAAAAGAUAAUACAUCUCAAACUCUGAAGCCCAUUGAAGAAGAGGAGGAAGAAGGGUUUGAAUGGGUAUGGUUUUUCACUAGCAUCGCACCAGGAUUUGUGGUUGGAUUUUUGGGGGUAUGUGGUUUUUUAAUCUUCAUUCUGUGGGUAACAAAGGUGGCUAGGUCAAUGACAAAGCUACAAGACAGCAAGUAA